GGUCGCGUGCUUUAUUUUCAGGCCGAUCGGGCGUGAGUGCGUCACGCAGGCGGACGGAGAAGGCUAGUCAGCCCUCUAAUCCCCCAACCCAUCCGCCGCCGCCGGCGGCGACCACCACCGGAGCUCUCCAACCCCUACCGCCAGCCGCCCGUACCGGCCUCGAUCUCUCCUCAGAGGUACUUAGGCCCUAAUAAUUUGGAAGUUGUGCAGGCAAUCUCUUGCAGAACCUAUGGACAGUUCUAAAUCUCCCCAACCAUUGAAGAAGAGCCGUACUAGUUUGUCUGGUACAGACGGCCACCAAUUUGAGAAUGACGAGCUUCCGUCUGAAACUGCAUCAGAUAAAACGCCUGGUUUGAAGUUUGAAACAGUAGAUAAAGUGCAAGAUGAAUUUGGAGAAGACAGUUCCCCAUUGCAGCAAUCAGCUGCUUCCAACGUGUCAUACCGUGGAUCGCCAUGUAUUGGGGCAUUCACUAUCCAAUGUGCUAGGUGCUUCAAAUGGAGACUUAUUCCAACGAAAGAGAAGUAUGAAGAAAUACGCGAGCAUAUUAUACAGGAACCUUUUGACUGCGAACGAGCCCGUGAAUGGAAACCUGAUGUAACAUGCGAUGAUCAAGAAGAUAUUUCUCAGGAUGGAAGCAGACUCUGGGCUAUCGACAAACCCAAUAUUGCACAGCCUCCUGCUGGAUGGGAAAGGCAGAUUAGAAUAAGAGGUGAAGGAGGCACCAAAUUUGCUGAUGUGUACUACACUUCUCCUACUUCAAGGAAGCUGAGAUCACUGGUUGAAGUUGAUCGGUACCUCCAAGAAAAUCCAGAGUAUGGUGCACAGGGUGUAACAUUAGCUCAGUUUUCCUUCCAGAUUCCUAGACCUCUGCGGCAGAACUAUGUCAAAAAGCGCCCUAAGAACGCAAGUCCAAGUGAUGAAGCAACAACUAAGCCUGUUCAACCAGUGGAAGUUAACCCCAUAUCCUGGGCUGCUCCUCUUGCAAGUGAGGCUAAGGCAAGCGAACCAGCAUCUCAUGCCGACGAAAAGCCAGUUGGAUCAGCAGAUGUGGAGCUGGUCCGGAAGAGGAAAGCAGAACCAGGAGAGGCAAAUGCUAACAAUCACGUGUCUGAUGGGCCGGAAACCAAGGUAGAGGAUGCUCAGAAUGGAGAUGCUACCACCACUGCCUGAAAAGCUGCAGUCUGACGUACCCAGUGCUCCGCAUCGAUGAUUUCCUCGACUCUCUAUAUUCCUUCUCCAUUGUAUGCGGGAGCCGGUUUUUUCUGUAAUGCGAGUCCGUAUUGGCCUUAUAUGUGUACCAAGGCACGAACCUUCGAGGUCGACCCAAAAUUCGACGAUUUGGGACAGCAAGUUGACUGAAUGUUGUAGUAUCGGAGAAGCCCUGUCGAACCCUUUCGGAGCAUGUAUGUUCCGCUAUGCUUAUGUAGGAGACCUUGUCAUGCAAGAUUAGAUGCGUUUUAUUUUCUCCUUUGUAAGAUACAGAAAUGUCGGUAGGGGACUAUUGUGUUGUGCUGUAUGUCGGAGUCGACUCAUCUAUUAUCUAUCGAGACAUGACAGUUGUAGCA